GGAAGAGAGAAGCAGAGGUCUUCUCUUGGCAUUCAGUGAUAGGGUGGUCCAACAGCUGGCCAAGGAAGUUGGACAUCAGAAAAAAAUAAUAAUGAAACGUGUUUUAGCAAGAUAGCAAAUAUUACGCUGAACCCAUUCACAUAUUCUGCCCAUGUUUCCUUAUAAUGUCAAAUGAUUAGCAGAGGGGAACUACCCUGACCAUAAUAUGGGAAUUUGGAUAAUUGAAUUCUUGUGGACUGACAUGAUGAAGUACUGUGAUGGAUCACUGUAA